AUGAACUAUGUGGCCAACUAUGGGGGACAGAGGCAAGGUGGUCAGAAUUGGGGGCAGCAGAAUCAACAAUAUAGGCCAGCACAACAGCAGUACAAUAACAACAACAAUCCUGGAGCUAUGCGACUACAGGGUCAAGUGAACAUUCCACUGAUUAACGCUUUGCGGAAGAUGCCUGGGUAUGCCAAAAUGAUGAAAGAUUUAAUGUCUCGCAAAUUCGACUUCCAAGACCUGUCCACUGUUACAUUGACCCAGACUUGUAGUGCAGUUGUGACGAGACCCAUAGCUGAGAAGUUAUUAGACCCAUGGAGUUUCACAAUCCCAUGCACGAUAGGCAGCUAUGCUUUUGCUAAAGCAUUGUGGGAUUUAGGGCCAAGCAUAAACUUGAUGCCCUUGGCUAUCUACAAAAGGUUAGGUAUUGGAAGAGCAAGACCCACAUCCAUGCUACUACAUCUAGCCGACCGGACAGUAAAGAGGCCAUUAGGUAUCCUUGAUGAUAAGUCUAUGCGGCGACCAAGUGAAUUUGCUAACUGCUCUCUAAUAAAAGUUGUGGAUGUAAUUUUGGAGGAAGAAGAUGAGACCUUGAAUGCUAAAGACCCUCUAGCAGUCUGCCUCAUGAACUUAGAUAAAGCAAAUGGAGAGGACAUGGCAGAGUGGGUACUGGCUGUUGAAGGCCAAGGGUUUUGGAAAAGAGAGCUCGAAUUUGAGCCUUUGCACUUAGAAGAAAGGAAAACUCCUCCAGCUAAUCCAUCGAUAGAAGAGCCACCAAAGUUAGAACUGAAGCCACUACCACCUCAUCUCAGAUGUGCAAAAAGAACAUCUUUUGCAGCCGAGAAGAAGGUUGAGGUAGAAGAGAUUGUGGAGACUUUCCCAGAUGAACAACUCUUAGCGACAAGCCUCGAUGCUACACCAUGGUAUGCAAAUAUUGCAAAUUACCUGGAAAGCGGUAUUGUUCCUUAUGACUUGUCUUCUGUGCAAAAGAAAAAGUCUUUUCGUGAUUAUCGCAUGUAUUUCUGGGAUGAACCAUAUCUGUUUAGGAUUUGUCUUGAUAACAUGAUCCGGAGAUGCAUUCCCGAGAUAGAUCAAUCUUCUGUUUUGCAGGCAAGUCAUGCUUCACUGUAUGGAGGACAUUUUGAGGGCAUAAGGACAACGGCUAAAGUGUUGAAGUCAGGUUUUUAUUGGCCGACGAUGUUUAAAGAUGCACACUUCUAG